AUGGCUGCCAAAGCCCCGGUCCCUCAGAAUGACAACGUCGCUCACGCCCUCGCUGGCGCCGGCGGCGGCAUCCUGUCCAUGGUGUUGACCUAUCCUCUCAUUACCCUCUCCACCCGCGCUCAGGUCGAGUCCAAAAAGGCCGAGAGCAAGUUCAUCGACGCCGUCCAGAAGAUUGUCGCGCGCGAGGGGAUUCCCGGACUGUAUGCGGGCAUCAAUUCGGCGCUCUUUGGCAUCAGCGUCACCAACUUUGUCUACUACUACUGGUAUGAGUGGACCCGGGCCUUCUUCGAGAAGGCCGCCGCCACGGCUGGCCGCGCCAGCAAGAAGCUCACCACUGUUGAGUCCAUGAUUGCCGGCGCCAUCGCCGGCUCUGCCACCGUCAUCAUCACCAACCCCAUCUGGGUUGUCAACACUCGCGUCACCACGCGCCAGCAGAACUCCGAGGCCGACCUGGAGUCUGGCAAGCCUGCCAGGAAGCCCACAACCUUGGGCACGCUGAUGGCCCUCCUUAAGAACGAGGGUCCCCAGGCUCUCUUCUCCGGCGUCCUGCCGGCGUUGGUCCUGGUCAUCAACCCCAUUCUUCAGUAUACGCUCUUCGAGCAGAUGAAGAACUAUGUCGAAAAGAGAAGAAAGGUCACGCCCACAGUGGCCUUCUUCCUCGGUGCCCUUGGCAAGCUCUUCGCCACGUCGGUGACGUACCCCUACAUUACUGUCAAGAGCCAGAUGCACGUUGCUGGUAGCCAUAGCAAUAAGAAGGAGGGCAUGACCGAAGCUCUGCGCAGAGUGAUCCGGGAGGAGGGAUACGCCGGUCUGUACAAGGGCAUUGGUCCCAAGGUCACCCAGAGUGUCUUGACUGCCGCUCUCUUGUUCGCCUUCAAGGAUGCGCUGUAUGAGCAGACUGUUCGCCUUCGUCAAAGCCGCAAGGCUUAA